AUUUUCUGUCGGUCGAAUAAUUGAUUAAUCGACGAAAUGUUUCAGCUCCAACCUCAAUAUUUAUAAAGUGGAAAACGGAUUCUUUAACGUACGUAAAAUAAAAUGUUACCACUUUGCAAAUGUUGACACAAGUUGUGCUUGUUGCUCGUGCGAUCUUUCCGACAGCACUUGAAGGCAGCGUACGUUAGCUAGCAGGCUAGCUGAGCAUUUUGCUAGCAACGAUAAUACGCGAUUCCAGUCUAUGCAGCUACAAAUAACUUGAUUAACUGCUCAAUGUAUGGAGAAAUUAUGCCGUCUGGUAUGCGAACAUAGACUAUCGAUCACCAAGACAAAUGGACGUCAGUGAGUAUGUUUUAUCGGCGGGCAGAGCCGUGCUGGACAUGGUGGAACGGGACUGGCAGCCGCUGUCUUCGGGCGAGCUGGAGCAGCGGCUGGACCAGUCGGUGGAGGAGAUCUUGGAGGCUGACCUGAUAGCAAAACUCAAAACUCAGCCUCCUCCUGCUAUAUACGUACAGUUAAUGCAGAGUCAAGAUAAUGUGCAGCCCCAAGUUUUACAGACGAGAACAUCCAGUCCCCCAGUGGAGGACUCACCAGAUCCCCGAGGACCGAAGGAUCCUGUAGACACUGCUGCAGUCAAGCACAUCGCAGACCUGCUUCAAAGCUCCAAAUCCAGGGCUCGAAUGGCUGGACGGGCUCGCUUAUCCCUGUCCCACACUGUCCUGCUGUCCCUCACUCUGCUCUCUGAGCGCGUCAGCUACCGCUCUGUGUCCCGACGCUUCCACUUGGAGAAAGGAAACAUCCACAGGAUCUUCUUUUCUUUCUGUGAGCACAUCAACAUGCUGGAAGAGACGCUCAUCAGAUGGCCAGUCGGCAGUGAGGCUGUAGAGGCCCUUUUCCCGCUCUCCAGUGCAGUGAAGGAGCAGGAGGAGCAGCAUCAAGGUGUCCCUCGGGUCCUGGGAGUGUUGGGACACACCCGCAUCCCUAUCCGCCUGCCAAUAGGUAAACAUGAUGUGGAGAGCACAGUGCCUGAGGUGAAGAGGAUGAAGAAGGAGGCCCAUCCCGACUCCUGGCUAAACCUUCAGCUCAUAUGCGACCAUAAGGGCCGGUUCCUACACUGCAGGAUCAGUAAAGGAUCAGACGUGGACAGAGGCAGCGCUCUGAGAGACAAACUCAAACAGCAUCCUGAACUGAUGCCCUCUGGCUCCUGCCUGGUGGCCAGAGCCGGCUACCCGCUCACUGCUCAGAUUUUAACUCCAUACCCAGGAAGUCAUGGACCAAGAGAGGAGCUCUUCAACAAGACGCUGGAGGAGCAUUUUCACAUCCUGGAUCAGGCUCUGGCCAACCUGAGAGCCAGAUUUCAAAGGCUCAGGUAUCUGGAUAUUGGAAACUAUGAUCGAGCCAGAGCUGUUGUGCUGACUGCCUGUGUGUUGCACAAUGUGUUUUCAGACAUGGGGCAAGUGCUUCAAGGAGAAGUUGAGAAAGAGGAAGCCAUAACCCGAGAGGGCGAGGUAGAUGACGAGGGUGUACACAGACGUGACGCCAUCUCAGAUUUGUUGUUUAAAAACUUUUGUUCUGGAAGCACAUGAUGUGAUGUUGGAAAACUUCUGCUCAUAGAUGUAAAUGAACAGUUCUGUAAUAUAAAGGUUUAUUUGAACAGAA